UAGGGGAAAGAGUACACUCUGAAAACUGAUCUGAAAUGAAGCCUCCCAAGACGUUUGAGGAGCAAACUGAGUGCAUUGUGGAAUCCCUGCUCGAAGAAUUCUUGGGUUUACCAGUGAAAGCACAAAAUCAACGCCUCCAAGAGCAAUGCCUCCAAUUCCAAUACUGUCAAACCCAAGUCCAAAGAAAAUGCCCCCGAACAUACAGCUUGGAAAGCCAAGACCUCCAAAGACAAUGCUUGGAAAACCAAGGCCAACAAAGACAAUGCUUGGAAAAACAAGACCUCCAAAUGCAAUGCUUGGAAAACCAAAGCCCCCAAAGCCAAGGCCCCCAAAAUGACGUCACAGAUUCUGGUGAGCCAAGCUCUUUUGAUGUGACAAUCAUUGCUGCCCGCCUUCAAAUGCUAGGUGACCAGAUCAAUGCAGAAAUGGAAGAAUCUGUCGAAAAAGUCAUGAAAGAAGUUGCUACCGGACAGGUAGUUACUGUACUACAGAACACAUUGAAAUCACUCAGCCAGACAUGGUGUGCCCAAGAUCCUAAUCUAGCCUAUGAGAGGGCCUUUCUGGCUAUGACUGUGAAGCUGCUGAAAGCUGUCUCUAGGAAAAAUCCUCAAACAGCCAGACAGUUAGCUGGACCAGUGAGGGAUGCGAUCAAUGAGAACACAGCUGUACGAGAGUAUAUAAUGGACCAGGGUGGUUGGGAGAAUCUGGAGAGCUGAAAGGAACCAGUUCCCCAUUGACAAUUG